GUUUCUGUCAUGUAUUCUCUGAUACUCCGUGGGAGAAGGUUGCAGAAAUGUAGACUCUCACUGAAUCUCACUUCCUUCUCCUCCGCUGCUCGCAAAGGUCAGAGCUUUACAGUCUCUUACCUCGUUGCAUCACUGGGUUUCACCCCAAAGCUAGCAGAAUCAAUCUCAAAGAAAGUCAGCUUCAACAACAAGUGUAACCCUGAUUCAGUUCUGAGUCUCUUGAGAACUCACGGCUUCACAGAUUCUCAAAUCUCCACCAUCAUUACAGAUUACCCACUGCUCCUUACACUAGAUGCUGACAAGUCUCUCGCUCCAAAGCUUCAAGCUUUACAGUCAAAAGUAUCUUCACCCUCAGAGCUCACUGAAACCAUCUCGAAAGUUCCAAAGAUCUUGUCAAAGGACAGGUCUUUAAGCGUGUACUAUGACUUCGUUAAAGAGGUCAUGGAAGCGGAUAAGAGCUCAAAGGUGGAAACUUUAUCCCCACAGAGAGGUAAACAAGAGAAUAAACUCAGAAAUGUUUUGGCUUUGAGAGAUCUUGGCGUGCCGCAACGGUUGCUGUUCCCUUUGAUGAUCUCAGAGUGCCCACAUGUAUGUGGGAAAGAGACGUUUCAGGAGUCUCUCAAGAAGGUUCUUGAGAUGGGUUUUGAUCCAACUACGCCUAAGUUUCUUGAAGCGUUGAGGGUUGUCAAGGGGUUGAACAAGGAAGCAAUGGAGGAGAAAGUGAACGUCUAUAAGCGUUUAGGGUUUGCCGUGGAAGAUGUAUGGGUAAUGUUCAAGAAGUUUCCGACUUUCUUGACACUCUCUGAGAGGAAGAUAACUCUGAACUUCGAAACCAUGAGGAAGUGUGGACUGUUGGAAGAGGAAGUCCGGUUAGUGGUGAAGAGGUUUCCUCAGUGCAUUGGUGUUUCAGAGAAGAAUAUAUUGAACUCUGUUGAGACAUUCAUAGGUUUAGGUUUCAGCAGAGAGGAUGUUGCUAUGAUGGUCAAGCGUCUUCCUCCUUGUAUUGGGUAUUCUGUUGAGACGGUUAAGAAGAAGAUCGAGUUUGUUGUGAAGGAGAUGGGUUGGACACUAAAGGCUGUGGCUUCGUAUCCUCAGGUGCUUGGAUACAGCAUGGAGAAGAGGAUGGUACCUAGGUGUAAUGUGAUCAAAGCUCUUAUUGCCAAAGGGUUGAUCAGAAGUGAACUCCCUCCGGUGUCGACUGUUUUGGUAUGUACAGAUCAGGAUUUCUUGAAAAGGUAUGUGAGGAAACAUUAUGAUGAUGAUGAUGAUGAGGAGCUUGUGGCUGAGUUGAUGGGUAUAUUCACUGGAGAAUAAAGCUUCUGAAACUUUUUGUAAGUUUUUUUGCUUAGAUAUUAGUUCAGAGUGAUGAUUGUAGGACCAAUGAGCAAGAGAUGAGUUUCGUUUAUUUAAAGAGGAUUCAUAAUAUUAAACAUUGAAAGGGAAUAAAGAGAGGGUGGGUGAUGAUGCAAAAGGGGCCACCAAGAGUGACAGACUCAGAA